AGAGAGAGAGAGACGGGAAGGAAGGAGGGACAGAGGAAGGAUGGAUCAGGGGAAAAUGAGAAACGGAGACAGAUGUUAUAAACAUAAUUUCGCUGGAUCGAAUUUUUGAGUGACAUCACUUGAAGUCGUCUGCCCUUUAAAAGAGUGAGCAGAAGGAGCCUAGUGGGGCUGUGUGAACUGGGAGGCUUUAGCCAAGCAUCUGGACGGGACGCUGUUCAUCUCGAUUUAUACUCAAAAUGACAACCCAGCCAACAAGCUCUCUGGUGGAUCUCACCACCACAGCUGUCUAUGGGGACCAAAAAAGCAUCAAUUACAGUGAGUGUCCUCAUAAUGAUGUUUGGAAUUCCCUCCAAACCAUGCAGCCUGCCUACAUACUGACCAUCUGUGUGCUGGGAAUUCUGGGAAAUGUGUUUGUCCUGUUGGUUUUCUGCAUCCACAAGAAAGCCUGCACAGUGGCAGAGAUCUACCUGGGCAACCUGGCAGCUGCUGACCUUCUCCUGGUGUCCUGUUUGCCUUUCUGGGCUGCCAAUGUAGCCAAUGGAUUUGAAUGGCCCUUUGGCCUACUGUUAUGCCGACUAGUCAACCUGGGCAUCAAAAUGAAUGCUUACUCCAGUAUCUACUUCCUGGUACUGGUCAGUUUAGAUCGCUAUGUGGCGCUGGUACACACCAUGUCCCAUGGGAGAAUGCGUAGGCCGAAAUUUGCCAAACUGGGCUGUCUACUGGUGUGGGGCUUUGGCCUUCUUCUGGGAGUUCCUACCCUCAUCUUCAGGGAUGUGAAGUACUUCCCAAAAUUGAAUGUUACUGCCUGCUACCUUAACUACCCAAAUACUGUUGUAGAACUAAGCUGUGAUGGGAUGUUGGUCUUCCUAAGCUUCGUCGUUCCCGUGUCCAUUAUCUCUUACUGCACCUUUAAUAUCAUCAGGGCCCUGAAGAACCAAGCAGUAGAACGGUUCAAUGCUGAAAACACAGAGAGAAGGGCAACCCUGCUGGUGCUUGCGGUGCUUCUAGCCUUCCUGAUCUGCUGGGUGCCCUUUCACCUGUUUACCACCCUGGAUGUGCUUGUAAGAGCAGACUUACUGAUAGGGUGCGACAUCAGUGAUGUCAUUGACAUCUGUCACCAGAUCUUCAGCUACCUGGCCUUCUUUAAUAGUGUACUCAACCCCAUCCUCUACGUAAUUGUGGGGAAAAACUUCCGCAAAAAGGUGAGGGAACUGUUCGAGCAGCAUGGCAGGAGGAGUUCAAGUGUCACUGGGUUUACACGCUCGCAGAUUUCCUCUACACUCAAGACCCUGGCAUGAGCAAUUACAGUAUUGACAAACAAAAAUCACUCCUGCAACAGCUCCUUUAGAUGAUGUCUGAUGAUAACCAACAGAACAAGUUUUUCAUUGCAAUGGUUUGUAUCAACUAAAUUAUAAGCCCAAUUUAAUUUCUGAUUUGGAGAUAGCCCUAAGCAUGAAGAAUGGGGCAAAAUCCUUUGCUCAAAUCUGUCGCUCAAGUCAUUUUACGCUGUCUAGCUUUCAGGAGGCAACUCCCCCCUUUACAAUGUUUAAAACUGAACUGUGUAGUGCCCUGCAUUUUAUGUAAAGUUGUUAAUGUAAAUAGCAUUUACCUAUCCAGUACAAGAUUAUUACUCAAAAUGUAUAUAAUACCACAAAACACUUUUGUUUACUUCAGAAUAUUAUCCUGGAAAUAAAAGCACAAAUAGUA